GGCGUCGUGCACCUCUACUUGGCUUCUUGAAAAGCUCAGUCAGUGUACUGAAAAAACAAAAGAAGUUGAGAAUAUCUUGAAAGAUGAUGGCCAACUCCAGCCUCAUCUCCUGCAACUUCUCUUCUCUUCCUCUCAAAGCUCCAAGAGACAGAGCUCAUCUCCAAACUCGAACCCCUAACAACGGACUCUUAUAUUUGCGUCCCAGAAGUGGAACCACUUUGAAAGUUUCCAAUUUUCUCAAACCCCGCAUCUGUAAGACCUCAAAUUUCCCAUUUCAGAAGAAGGGUCUGCUUCAAGUGUGCCAUAGCGUAUUGGACUCCAAGGAUUCAGAGAAAGACCCAGUUUUGGAGAAUGAAACUAAUAAUGAGAAAGAGGGGCGGGAUUGGACAACCUCCAUCUUGCUUUUUGUGUUGUGGGGUGUUCUUAUGUACUAUGUUUUCAAUCUCGCUCCUAACCAGACCCCGGCAACAGACGAGUAUUUUUUGAAGAAACUCCUUAAUUUGAAGGGAGAUGAUGGCUUUGAGAUGAAUCAAGUACUUGUGUCUUUAUGGUAUAUCAUGGGUUUGUGGCCUCUGGUUUACAGUAUGCUUCUACUCCCAACCGGCAGAAGCUCAAAAAGCAAAAUUCCAGUUUGGCCAUUCCUUAUACUUUCAUGCUUUGGUGGUGCAUAUGCUCUUCUUCCCUAUUUUGUUCUUUGGAGACCACCACCGCCACCUGUUGAAGAAAGUGAGCUUGGCAAAUGGCCUCUCAAUUUUCUGGAAUCAAAGUUGACAGCUGGGAUAUCAUUUGCUGUAGGAAUAGGCCUAUUCCUUUACGCAGGCUUGGCAAAUGGUGAUGUCUGGAAAGAGUUCUACCAGUACUUCAGGGAAAGCAAAUUCAUUCACAUCAUGUCCCUUGAUUUCACUCUACUAUCAGCAUUUGCCCCUUUCUGGGUUUACAAUGAUAUGACUGCAAGGAAAUGGUUCAAUAAAGGUUCAUGGCUUCUUCCUAUAUCAUUGGUUCCGCUCUUGGGUCCUGCAUUAUAUCUGGUUCUACGGCCAUCACUGUCACAAAUGCCUGUUUCACUGGGUCCAGCUUCAUCAGAACAGAAGUAGUAUCUGUAAUUCUCAUUCAUCUCCUCAUCAUAGAAGCUGGCAAAUUUCGGCAACAUCCACAAGAUUGAAAGAAACAAGUUUGAAGAAACCAUCUUUCCUGUGCACAGGGAAAUAUUUAACCACUGCUACUCUGUGCGAGUCACAGAGCAAUACAGUCAAUUAUGCACAAAUAUACCAGGAGGAUGCAGUGGACAACUAUCUUCAUGAAAAGGUUUUGUCCUUGCUUGUAUUCAGUAAAAUAUACUACACAAGUAAUGCGAGAAAAGAAACGACGGCGUAAUCUCUUAUAUGGUGUAAUCUCUUAUCGUACAAUUGUUGUAAGUGGACUUGACUGUUAGUUCCUAACUCCGUUGAUAUUUCUAAAUAUGAAGAAUCACAUUUGCAAA